CCCCAGGUGCUCAUCUGCCCCCCCCCCCAGGAGCUCCUCUGAUCCCGCCCCCAGGUGCUCCUCUAGCCCCGCCCCCUGCCCAGGAACCUGCAGCUUUAACAUGAAGGAAACCUUCCAGACGUCGGCCGCCGAGCUGUACACAACGUUCCUCAGCCAGGAGUUGGUGCAGGUGUUUACCCGCUCGGCGGCGGUGGUUGACGUGCGGUGCGGUGGGCGGUUCCAGAUGUUGGACGGCAGCGUCAGCGGCGAGUUCACCGAGCUGGUCCCUGAACGCAGCAUCCAGAUGAGGUGGCGCUUCAGGACGUGGCCAAGUGACAGUUACGCUGCUGUGUGUCUGGAGCUUCAACCGCGAGGAGACGAGACGGAGCUGCGGAUUUCGUGCAGCGGCGUCCCAGCGGCCGAGGAGGACGUUACCCGAGAGGGAUGGAGACGCUUCUACUUCCAGGCCAUCAAGCAGACCUUCGGAUACUGACCCUGACCCUGAACGUGACCAUGAACCAGAACCGCCCCAACGCCCCUUAAACCUUAAAAAAAGCGUCAAAAACUUAGAAAAAUCAUAAAUCCCGUUCUCACUGACAGUCUGACUCCAGAGUGUUGUGUCUCUGCUGAUGCAUUCAGGGACAGUCUGACUCCAGAGUGUUGCGUUUCUGCAGAUGCGUUCAGGGACAGUCUGAAUCCAGAGCAUCGUGUGUAUUG